UCUCAGAACCCUAACCUAGGCAAGAGGGGGGGAUCGUCAUCGGCAAUGGCGGCCGAUCCUGUAGCGGCGGCGCCCGUAGCCUCCGUGCCGGCGCUCUACGUCGGGGACCUCCACGCCAUGGUCGUGGACAGGGACCUCUACGACCUCUUCGCCGCCGUCGGGGCCGUCGCCUCCGUUAGGGUUUGCAAGGACGCCGCCACCAGGCGCUCCCUCGGAUACGGCUAUGUCAACUACAUUGCGCUCCAGGAUGCCAAGGAUGCUAUCGAGAAGUUAAACCACACUCUUCUUUAUGGGAGGCCGAUCCGAAUAAUGUGGUCCGUAAGAGAUCCAGAUGCUAGGAAAAGCGGGAUAGGGAAUUUAUUUGUGAAGAACCUUAGCAGCUCGAUUGACAACGCUAGGCUUCACGAGAUGUUUGUAGAUUUUGGGACCAUUUUGUCUUGUAAAGUCGCUAGAGAUGAGGUCGGAAAGAGCAAAGGAUAUGGAUUUGUUCAAUUUGACUCCCAAGAGUCAGCGAAUUCUGCUAUUGAGAAACUUAAUAACUCCUCUGUUGAUGGCAAGCAAAUAUAUGUUGCUAACUUUGUCAAAAGGAGUGACCGCUUACCGGCCGAUCAUGAGAUUAGAUAUACUAAUUUAUACAUGAAGAACCUAGAUCAGGACAUAACGGAAGAACUUAUUAAGUUGAAGUUCUCUGAGUUCGGUAAAAUACUAAGUGUGAAGAUUGCAAAGGAUGAUAACGGAACCUCAAAAGGAUUUGGGUUUGUCAGUUUUGAAAGUGCUGAUAGCGCCAAAAAAGCUGUGGAGAAAAUGAAUGGAGUUCAACUUGGAUCCAAGACCCUAUACGUGGCUAGGGCACAAAAGAAAGCAGAACGGCAAGAAAUUUUGAGGUCCUUAUAUGAGGAGAAGAGGAAUGAGAUAGUAAUGAAAACGGCUUCAAAUGUUUAUGUCAAGUACAUUGAUGAUGCUGUCGAUGACAAUGACCUUCGCAAACUUUUUAGUCAAUGUGGAACCAUCACUUCUGCAAAAAUCAUGCGUGAUGAUAAAGGGAUAAGUAAAGGGUUUGGGUUUGUGUGUUUUAGCACUCCAGAAGAAGCUAGAAAAGCUGUAGAAACUCUUCAUGGUCACAUGUUCUACGGAAAGCCCUUAUAUAUUGCAAUGGCCGAGAGGAAACAUGAAAGGCAAACUAAAUUGCAGAUUCACUAUGCUGCCAUGGCAGGAUUAGCAAGUUCAUCAAAUCCUAUGCUCCAUGCUGGCUACCCCUCUCUUUACUAUGCUCCGACCGGUCUUGUUUCACAAGAUCCUGGAAGGCAGGCUUUUAUGUAUCAGUCCUUUGGGCUGAGACCUGCAUGGAGGCCAAGCACCUAUGUUCCUCCAUCAAGACCAGCUUUCCAACCAAUGCAUUUUCAUUUUACACCGAAUGCUCCAAGGUAUCAUAGACAAAAUAGGGGUCGGAUGAAUGGGAUGUAUUCACAGCAAGCAAACAACUCUCUGGGUUUUGCAAAGGAUUCUUCCAGUCAGCAGCGAUACGUGCAGACCAAGUACAUUCCAAAUGAGCGGCAGCGUGAUAUGAAUAAUGGCUUAGUUGUCUCUCCCAAUGCUUCAGACUUGCAAGGAACCGAGAUGCUUAGUAGCAUGUUGGCCGCAGCUGCUCCACAGCAACAAAAGCAGAUUCUCGGUGAACAUCUCUUCCCCUUGGUCGAGAAACGGAAGCCUGAUCUUGCAGCUAAAAUCACGGGAAUGCUCUUGGAGAUGGACAACUCGGAGCUGCUGGUGCUGUUGGAGUCGCCAGACUCAUUAGCUGCUAAAGUGGAAGAAGCCGUCAAAGUGCUCCAGCUCUCCAAAGCUAAAAUUGGCAGUCAAGAAAGUCUUCAGCCCAACUACUUGUCGUCCGAGGUUGCGGUCAACUGAAUGUGGUGUCGAGUUCCACACCCUUUCUUUCAGAUACAGGUCAUUCAUUUCCCAACAAGUAUUGACGAUUUUAGACGUCUUUUUGCUGCUGAGUAUGGGAAUAACAUUGAGUUGCCGCCUUUUAGGAUUAUCUGACUUAGUUUAGAUCCAUCAUUUUUGACUUAAUUAAGGAAGUUACGCCUAUCAGUGGGAUUGUGUGUGAACAACCUAUGUGAUGGUGGGUACCAUUUUUAUUGAUUUUGGAAUGCUCUUUCCUUUAUUUACUUCAAAAUUACACUCCA